GCUGGAUUGGACGCAAAUCCAAGGUCUUCGCCACAUGCAGCUGGGGAAGACAAGCAGCUCCGAGAAAUCGCCUGAGCUCGAGUCCUUGCUAAGCCGCUAUCAAGACCUGUUCAAGGACGAACUCGGCACAGUAAAAGUAUCGCCCUUCAGCUCAGAAUGUGGACGCUGAUUGCUUGUCGCGCCUUCCACUUCAGCAACCUGGCAGGGAUGCGGCCGAAGAAAAUUUUUUGCUUUUGCGUUUAGACAGCAUGCCUGUCUGCAGUAAACAAAUCGCAGAAGAAACUGCACGUGAUCCAGUUUUUCGUCAAGUAGUACAGCACAUUUUGUCAGGCUGGCCGACUAACGUGUCUGCAGACCUGAAACCAUUCUUCUACAGGAAGCUAGAGCUUUCUUUAUAUCAAGGUUGUGUCAUGCUAGGAAUACGUGUUGUGGUACCACAAAAGUUUCGUCAAUUUGUCCUAGAUGAAUUGCAUGAGGGACAUCCGGGAGUGGUGCGCACGAAGGAGUUGGCAAGAAGCUAUGUGUGGUGGCCAAACAUCGACCAUGACAUAGAGAGAUGUGUUGCCGCUUGUCAAACAUGCGCUGAGACACGCAGUUUACCAGUGAAAGCACCGCUCCAUCCUUGGUCCUGGCCGACGCGUCCAUGGCAACGCCUGCACGUCGAUUUUGCAGGUCCCAUAAAAGGUGUUUCAUACUUAGUGGUAGUCGACGCUCAUUCGAAGUGGCCAGAAGUAUGUCCCAUGACCACUACUACUUCAGAAGCAACCAUAGCAUGUAUUCAUGAACUUUUCUGCAGAUUUGGUUUUCCGGAAACAGUGGUGUCCGACAACGGAAGCCAGUUCAUCUCUGCAGAAUUCCAAGUCUACCUCAAGCAAAGGGGUAUAAGACACGUACGUACCGCACCGUAUCAUCCAAGCAGCAACGGCUUGGCGGAACGUUUUGUCCAAACUUUGAAGGCAGCGCUUCGAAAGACCAAUCCGAGGAUAGCGACUGCGGAAAUAGCAGACUUCCUUUUGGCGUAUCGUAAUACGCCUCAUGCUACGACAGGGGAAGCUCCUUCCACCUUGCUCCUGGGACGGCGCCUACGGACAAGGCUAGACCUGGUGCGACCAUCGGUCGAGAACAAAGUGUCACAGCGCCAAUUUCGUCAGACAAGGCGUCACCCGUGUCGUGAGAAAAUCUUCGGUGUUGGUGAUGACGUUCGGGUGCGCAACCUUCGACCUGGACCAAAGUGGCUCUGUGCAACAGUUCUCGCGCGUACGGGACCUGUGUCAUACCGUUUAAGUGUCAUGACUCCACGUGGUGUUUUCCAGUGGGUGCGUCACCAAAACCACAUCCGCAAGGGUAACGCCGACACCACUGACUUCGAGCUACCCUUCGUGAGAAGACAUCAAGAACCUCCAGUACAGGUCCCAGCUGCCGACUCUUCAACCGAUAACGGCACCACGGCGACAAUUCAGCGUGAACCGGUGGAGCCUUCAAACUCUGCAAACGAACAUCGUUACCCACAGAGACAGCGCCGCCCACCUGAUCGCUAUGUGCCAUAAACUGUCGCGGUUAUACCCGUGUUUCCAAAAUAAGUGUGGGGGAUGUCGCAUAUCUGUACACGUGUACUUGCGUCAUAGCGUGAUAGCGUUUCCUUGCUGUCACGCGGCCCAUAUCGCGAUCAAAUCACCCUCGCCCACUAUGUGUAUAUAAUCGCUGGCUUCAAGGCUGGGUGUGCAUUUUGUCCUUGUAUUCCUUGGCUGUAAUUCUGCCACUUUUAAGUUGCCACCAUGCAAUAAAGCAUGUUCAAGUACAGUCUGCCUCUUCGUUCAUGGAAGCCCCGGAA